CAAAUCUCGUUGGCAGAGACUGAAACAAUGUUCCACACACCGCCUACUACAUUGUUCCCCCAUUUUUCAAAGCCAAAUUCCGCCCCCAGUUUCUACUCUUCUCUUCCCAUUAUAUUAAUCACACACCAAAGUCUCGCCAUCACAAUCCACUUUCUCCUCCAAAUCAUUAAUCACUCUCACAAAUGGAAACCAAAGUAGGCUCGCUGGACUCCUGCAGGGCCGCCACGUGUAACGACGUCGGCUGCCUCCCCUCCAACGGCUCCGUCUCCGCGAUCCACUCCUCCGCCGCGCCGCCCUUCAACUCCGCCGAGGCCACGCUCGGCCGCCACAUCGCCCGCCGCCUCGUCCAGAUCGGCGCCACCGACGUCUUCUCCGUCCCCGGCGACUUCAACCUCACGCUCCUCGACCACCUCAUCGCCGAGCCCGGCCUCAACCUCAUCGGCUGCUGCAACGAGCUCAACGCCGGCUACGCCGCGGACGGCUAUGCCAGGGCGCGCGGCGUCGGCGCCUGCGUCGUCACCUUCACCGUCGGAGGCCUCAGCGUGCUCAACGCCGUCGCCGGAGCUUACAGCGAGAAUCUCCCCGUGAUUUGCAUCGUUGGAGGUCCGAACUCGAACGAUUACGGCACCAAUAGGAUCCUCCAUCACACGAUCGGCGUGCCGGAUUUCUCGCAGGAGAUGCGAUGCUUCCAGACGGUUACAUGCUUUCAGGCGGUGGUGAAUAAUUUGGAAGAUGCUCAUGAGUUGAUAGAUACGGCGAUAUCGACGGCGUUGAAGGAGAGUAAGCCGGUGUACAUAAGCAUCAGCUGUAACUUGCCGGCGAUUCCACAUCCGACGUUCAGUCGUGAGCCUGUUCCGUUUUCUCUCUCACCUAGAUUGAGUAACAAAAUGGGGCUAGAAGCUGCAGUGGAAGUAGCAGCCGAGUUUCUGAACAAGGCAGUGAAGCCAGUGAUGGUGGGAGGCCCAAAACUGCGCGUCGCGAAAGCAGGCGGUGCGUUCGUUCAGAUGGCAGAUGCUAGCGGCUACGCCCUCGCAGUUAUGCCAUCUGCCAAAGGCCUAGUGCCAGAGCACCACCCUCAUUUCAUCGGCACCUACUGGGGAGCCGUGAGCACGGCCUUCUGCGCUGAGAUUGUGGAAUCCGCGGAUGCUUACCUCUUCGCUGGGCCUAUAUUCAACGACUACAGCUCGGUAGGGUACUCUCUCCUUCUCAAGAAGGAGAAGGCGAUCAUCGUGCAGCCUGAUCGCGUUUCCAUUGGCAAUGGCCCUGAGUUUGGAUGCGUCCUGAUGAAGGAUUUCCUGAUCGAGCUCUCAAAACGCCUUAAGAAAAACACAACUGCUUAUGAGAACUACCACAGGAUUUAUGUCUGUGAAGGUCAGCCGGCGAAGGGCGAGCCCAAGGAGCCAUUGAGGGUGAAUGUCAUGUUUCAGCAUAUUCAGAAGAUGCUGUCGGGAGAGACGGCUGUGAUUGCUGAGACAGGCGACUCAUGGUUCAAUUGCCAGAAACUGAGAUUGCCACAGGGUUGCGGGUACGAGUUCCAAAUGCAAUACGGGUCUAUUGGUUGGUCAGUUGGUGCAACACUGGGGUAUGCGCAGGCUGUGCCCGAUAAGCGUGUGAUUGCUUGCAUCGGAGAUGGCAGCUUCCAGGUUACAGCUCAGGAUGUGUCUACGAUGAUUCGGAGUGGGCAGAAGACGAUCAUUUUCUUGAUCAACAACGGGGGUUACACCAUCGAGGUGGAGAUCCACGACGGGCCGUAUAAUGUGAUCAAGAAUUGGAACUACACUGGCUUGGUUGAUGCAAUUCAUAAUGGUGAAGGGAAAUGCUGGACUACAAAGGUACGGUGCGAGGAAGAGCUGAUCGAAGCGAUCGGGACAGCGACGGGAGACAAGAAGGAUUGCUUGUGCUUCAUCGAAGUGAUUGUGCACAAAGACGAUACGAGCAAAGAACUUCUGGAAUGGGGCUCGAGGGUCUCUGCAGCUAACAGCCGCCCUCCAAACCCUCAAUAGAUCUAUCUUAUGUAUGCUUCCCUUCAGCAUUCGCACCUUAUCUUUGUGAGUGUGCUGAUGAAUCGUUUGUAUAUUUUGACUUGUGAGUUUGUAAAUUGGGAGUAGCUUUUAUA